GAGGCUUGUCACCUUUGUCAGUUUCAUGCCCUGUUUGAUAGCUGUUGUGGUUGUCGUCCAGCGUCUUGGCUCGGCUCAUCUCUCUCUUAAGGUAUUGAAUUUCCUCAGACUGGGAUCUACUACUGCUUCAACGGAAGGCAUGAGGGCAAUGUAUUCCACACCCUCCCGAUCAUUCACUUCAACUCUUUGUGAGACCACAUUUAUACAUCAUGUCCCUCAUCAUCCGAUCCACAUUGACGAUGCACAGACCGAAGCCUAGCGUGCGUGAAGGGGAGCGAGAACAAGUACAAGAUGUAUGGCGAUUUCGAUGUUGGUUGAGACUGUAUAAAUAUGAAAUCGAGAACCAUGGCUAAGUGACGCGCGGGAGCAGAAUUGCACCGUUCUAUAGGUCCCACGGGUACAAUAUCAAGGACUCCUCAAUUCACUGAUGCU